AAAAGUGUAGCCUUUGAUCAACAUAUCUCUCAUUUCACAGUCAAAAAUCAAAGAUGUCAGGCAGAGGCAAGGGAGGUAAAGGAUUGGGCAAAGGAGGAGCCAAGAGGCACAGGAAAGUAUUGAGGGACAACAUCCAAGGAAUCACCAAGCCAGCAAUUCGUAGGCUCGCUCGUAGGGGUGGUGUGAAGCGUAUUUCUGGGUUGAUUUACGAGGAGACUCGUGGUGUUCUGAAGAUCUUUUUGGAGAAUGUGAUUCGUGAUUCAGUGACAUACACAGAGCACGCUAGGAGAAAGACUGUUACUGCUAUGGAUGUUGUUUAUGCCCUCAAGAGGCAAGGAAGGACUCUUUAUGGAUUUGGGGGUUAGGCUUUGAUGAAAUUAAGGUAGAAUUUGUAGAUUUGAUGAUGUAAUUCUCAAUUACAUAUUCAAUGAAAUUAAAGUGCUUUGCUAUUUAAA